CAGGAUGAAACUUCAAAGGUUUUGGAAACCUCAUGGCGAGCGGGAAAAGUUGGCGCACAGAGGGCUUUCUCAAGCGGAUGGCAGGAGCUCCUAAGAAGCUUUAUGCUGCAUCUACAGGCUAUAUGGAAUCUUUUGACAGCACAGCAGAGAAAACAACUUCCAAAAUUCGAAGCUGGAGGGGAUCAAAGUCUCAAGGGAGGGAACGAAAAGCCUCCAGGUGGGAGACUGUUCCAUUCAGAUGCAAGCGGAGAGAAGCCUGGAAUGAAAUCCUCUUCGGAAGCUACCAGCAUCCUUUCAGAAAGGGGGGAGAGAGCAAAUCGCCAGAGGGAACAGAAGACAUCUUUGGAAACGGCUUGGAAGUCACCCGGAACGAGCUCCAUAGCGGUCAUCCAGCACCAGAAGGUUGGUGGGAAGGAGAUCAUUCUCCAGGAACAGGAACUUUCGGAUGACAGCAUGAGAGGUGGACAGAUGAACAUUUCAUCUUUUGAAACUGGUGUAAGAUUAAUUGAUGUUGUUGAAUUACAUGUAAGUUUUAAUCAGUUUAAUGGGAAAAUUUGUGUUUUGACCCAUGAGAAAGGUAGAAAUGCACAAAUGAGUGUUUCCACUAGGCCCCAAGAAAAUGUUGAUUUGGAAAGGGGGGUGGAGGAUGAAAAGUUGUGUGAGAAGGUGGAUUUUCCACAAGGUGAUACAACUGUAAUUACACAAUCAGUCGAAGCAGUCUAUAUUGACGUGGCAGAUCCUGUAACUGCCAAGAGCAGCAGCAUUCCUCUUCAAGUUAAGGGGGAUGGAGAGGAAGUCCUUUUGAAUGCAAACUUUGAGGAUGAAAUUGUUUGGUUUGAUAUGCAAAGUGCUAAAGGUAUCACACCAGAGCAGCAGGCUCAAGUGGCAGAAAUACUGGCUGAAAUAAAAAAUGUGUUCUGCAGCAAGCCAGGUUACACUGACUUGAUUUCACAUUACAUUGAUAUGGGCGGGAAUUUGCCUAUUGAAGUGAUGUCCUACACAAUGAUGUUGCAUCACGCAGUAACCAGGAAGAGAAAUUCCAAAGGGAGAGAUACUAUUGUGUUUUCUUCAAAGAAGAAGGUAUCAGACUAUGGUUGAAAGG